AGCUUGCACGAACAGUUGCGAAGAGCGGAUUUCACGAGCAGUGGCAAACCGUCGACUUCAUUGUAAAAUUUCUGUGAAACGACCGGCGUGUCCGGAUCUGUUCAAGCAUUUCAUCCGUGUUCCUCGUAGACCAGCUCAGGUUUUUCCGGUAUAAGAAUCGCGUUUGCGGAGGCAACAUGAAAGUUUCACUUUUACUGGCCGCUCUGCUUGUAAUCGCUGUCGUAAGCGCUGACACAUAUCCGAGCAAGUACGAUGACAUCGACAUUGAGAAGAUCCUCCAGAACGGACGUGUCCUCACCAAUUACAUCAAAUGCAUGCUGGGAGAGGGUCCGUGCACCAACGAAGGCCGGGAACUGAAAAAGACAUUACCAGACGCUUUAGCCACGGGUUGCAGUAAAUGCAAUGAGAAACAAAAAGAUAUUGCAGAAAAAGUAAUAAAUCAUCUCAGAACUAAGAGACCAAGAGAUUGGGAACGACUUACGACAAAAUACGAUCCGAAUGGUGAAUACAAGAAACGCUACGACAGUACUGAAAUUGCCAAAAAAAACGUGAAAACUUAAGAUGUAGGAUUGUAAUACUAUCUAUACAAUCAAGAUUGCAUGAAAAAUGAGAAUUUGUUAAUCACGUCAAAUAUACUCAAUGUUAAUUGUAUGCACGUACUCGUUUUAACACUUACGUUUGUACAAAUUAUUAUCGAAAUUAUAAAAUUUGUCAAAAGUUUCAUAUUACAUAAUGAAGUCACACUUCGCAUAACGUAUUUAUUAACGUAUGCACAUUUUGUUUUCACGAAUGCGUGUUUUCUUGUAACAACAAACACAUUUGUUUUAUAAUUUUUUGUAUGCAUCCAGUAAUAAAGUUUGUUUAUUAAAAAGAUUGUUUUGUGAAUAAGAUCAUACAUCCUAAGAUAAGGUUACAAAUUAUAACGAGGAAUGAAAGGGUGUUUGAACUGGAUUCCAUGUUAUGUAUGUAUUGAUAUCUAUAACUUAUUCCACUCUUCUUUUUUUAACGAGUGAUCCAAGCUGAAAAAAAUAUAUACUUUAAUAUCAAUCUGCGCAUAAACUGUUAAAUACAAAAGAAUGUGUAAUAAACCUACAAGAUCAGAAAUUGCAGGUAAGUUAUUUGUCUGGUCUGUAACAGUUGCUUCUGGUUCUCUGGUUUCCUUUGGAGGAGCAGCCUUUUUCAUAUUUCUAUGUUGCGGGAAUGUAGGCAUCAACUUAGGAUCACAUGCUAUGAACAUAAUUAAAUUGAAUGAUUAUUAAUGAUUUGUAGUUAAUAUAUUAAAAGACUGUAAGACUUAGAUAAUUCAAUAUUACUUACGUAAGGGAGCUUCUUUGAAGUAGCUACUUUGUAAACAUUCUUCAGCAGUAGCUCUUUUCUUUGGAUCGUACAUAAAUAAAAAGUUUAAUAACCUUAAACCAGCAGCACUUAACCAUGGAAACCUUUGUUUCAAAUUAUUGUAUGGUUGCUGUUUCAGUGUAAAGUUUUGCAACGCUGGAAG